AUGGACAAGUCUUGGAUAAAGGCAGAUAGAGAUUCCUUACAGUAUGAAGUUGGUGUAGAAAAUUUCUUGAUUUUCGCGGAGGAAAAUGCUAAAAACCCAAAGAAGAUACGUUGCCCCUGUUCACGUUGUGCUAACUUCAAAAAAACUUCUGUCAAUGCAAUCAGGGGUCAUCUAUAUGAAUCUGGGUUUAGUUUAGGGUAUUUGGAUUGGAUUUGGCAUGGGGAAGAGGUUGGUAACUUUAUUAACUCACAUGCGGGUAGUUCUUGCCCUGCUAAAAUUCCAACACACGUUAGCGAAACGGUUAAAGUAUGUGAAGCAGCCUAUAAUGAUGGAGAAUGCGAUAAUGAAUCAGAUGACUUUAUGAGGUUUGUUUCCGAUGCGGAACAACCUCUUUUUGAGGGAAGUGAGUGCACCAAACUAGAGUCAGUCUUGAAAUUACAUAAUUGGAAGGCUAGGUUUGGAGUUAGUGAUAAGGCCUUCACUGAUCUUCUUGAAUCUGUUGGCUCGUUUCUUCCUAAAGGUAAUGUGCUUCCGCCAAAUAUGUAUGAAGCGAAGAAAACCUUGACUGAUUUAGGACUUGAGUAUGUUAAAUUCCAUGAUUGUCCAAAUGACUGUGUAUUAUACAGGGGUCCAGUUCUCGAGUCUUUAGAUGAGUGUCCAAAGUGCCAAAUUUCUCGCUGGAAAAUUGCAAAAGACGGUAAAGUUAGGAUUAACGUUCCAGCGAGAGUUAUGUGGUAUUUUCCGAUAAUCCCCAGAUUCAAACGGCUUUUUAAAUCUGCCGAUACUGCUAAAUUAAUGAGUUGGCAUGCGAAUAAUCGAUCUAAAGAUGGAAAGAUGCGUCAUCCAUCUGAUUCCCCUUCUUGGAGAAAUGUAGAUAGUAGGUGGCCUGAGUUUGGAAGUGAGGACAGAAAUAUACGCUUAGGAUUAGCGACAGAUGGUAUAAAUCUAUAUAAUAAUGGAUUAAACAAUCGGUACAGCUGUUGGCCAGUUAUGUUAGUAACAUAUAAUCUUCCUCCAUGGUUAUGCAUGAAGAGGAAGUUUAUGAUGUUAACAACAUUGAUUUCCGGCCCGCACGAGCCUGGAAAUAAUAUUGACAUAUAUCUACAGCCAUUAAUCGAUGAUUUAAAAAAAUUAUGGGAGGAGGGUGAACCAAAUGUUUAUGAUGCACAUAGUAAAUCCUACUUCACUCUCAAGGCAGUUCUAAUGUGGACAGUGAAUGAUUUCCCGGGAUACGCAAAUCUGUCACGCUGCAGAAAUAAGGGUUAUAUGGCUUGUCCAAUCUGUGGUGAUCAAACUGUGGCUAAAUAUUUAAAUCAUAGUAGGAAAAUGUGUUACCUAGGUCAUGGUCGAUAUUUAGACCAUCAUCAUCCUUAUAGGAGGCAGCGAAUGGCUUUUGAUGGAGAACAAGAACUUGGUGAUGCACCUGAGCCACUCAGUGGAGAAGAAGUGUUGGCGCAACAACAGAAACUUGAAUUCAGUUUUGGGAAAGGGGGAAAGUCGAAAAAGGUGGAGUGGAUGUUUCCAUUUGAACGAUUUAAUAAAAUAUUGAAGAGUUAUGUACGGAACCGAUUUUAUCCAGAAGGUUGUAUAGCUGAAGGUUAUAUUAAAGAAGAAUCAAUUGAAUUUUGCACGGGGUUCUUUACCGAGAGUAGCAGAACUGCUGGUCUUGACAAAGAUGAAAAUUUUUCUGGUCCAGUUGGUGGCGUGACAAUGAAGUCGGUGGCAGAAAAGGAACGAGAUGAGGCACAUCUCACAGUCCUCCUUAAUAAUAUUGAAGUGGAAGCAUAUAUUAAGUUGCAUAAGGAAUAUUUGGAAAGAAUUUACGAAGGAAAAAAGAAGGGUGCACAAUGGCUAUUGGGAGGGCACAAUCGACAAUUUGCAGACUGGUUUCAACAGACAGUGAGUACAGAAAUCAGUGACGGGAAAGCCAUUUCAGAAACAAUAAGAUGGUUGGCAGGAAAACCAUCUUAUUCAGUGUUGACUUAUGAAGGCUAUGUGGUUGACGGGGUCCGAUACCACACAAAGGAGCGAGAUAAUUGA